CCGGCUCUGCUGCGCGGCGGUCACACUGAAGCAUCCGCUGGUAUUUCGUAACGCUAGGCAACGGUCACUCUGCCAUCCUUCUUUUUAUUUCCGCCGUUUGCCGAGAAAGUUGGAAAAUCAUGGGCAAGCCAAGAGGUCUGCGCACUGCCAGGAAGCAUGUGAACCACCGUCGUGACCAGCGUUGGGCCGACAAGGACUACAAGAAGGCUCAUUUGGGAACCAGAUGGAAGGCCAAUCCCUUCGGAGGUGCUUCCCACGCCAAGGGAAUCGUCCUGGAGAAGGUCGGCGUCGAGGCCAAGCAGCCUAACUCUGCCAUCCGCAAGUGCGUGAGGGUGCAGCUCAUCAAGAACGGCAAGAAGAUCACCGCCUUCGUGCCCCGUGACGGUAGCUUGAACUACAUUGAGGAGAACGACGAGGUCCUGGUCGCCGGUUUCGGUCGUAAGGGUCAUGCCGUCGGUGAUAUUCCCGGUGUGCGCUUCAAGGUUGUCAAGGUCGCCAACGUCUCCCUGUUGGCUCUCUACAAGGAGAAGAAGGAACGCCCAAGAUCUUAGAUGAACAUGCAUCUAAUCUUUUUCCAGACAAGCAGAGUUAGGGUUUUACAAAUCUAAAUAAACAAAAAAAGAAACACACCUGUUAAAUGUUUCAAUUAAAUGUGAUUUUCUUGACUAUAUGUGUGGCUCGCAUGUUUGUGUUUACUGAUAUAGAAUGGUGAUUAGACUACAAAUUGUUUUUAAAUUCUAAGUACUAAUUAGUUAAUUAAAAAGUUAGCGGAAUAGGGAUAUUUUCUUAAUAUUUAAAUGUGCACACUAAAACAGCUACAUCUAUUCGUUUGCGUUCUCUUGAAGCAUAUUCUAAAAUUUCGUUGUGCAACGCUAUACGUAAUAUAUUUGCCUAAGAACCGGAUUAAACAGUUACAUAGAA